ACCACUGGAUACAAAUUAUCAGACAUCGGAUAUUCGGAUCAGAUAAUACCAAAAAAAAAAUAAAAAAUUGGGUGUAUCUAAUUUAUGGGCGGAUGGAAAUAAAUAAUUGAUCAUUUUUGUUUUCAUUUAACUUGAUUAAGUCUAUAAUUAUUAACUACAACAUAUUUUAUUAUUUAUACAAUUAACCAUGAAAUUUUGCGGUCCAAAACUUUCCCUUUGUGGGAUCAUCAUCAGCAUUUGGGGAAUAAUCCAAUUAGUAAGUUUUUUUUUAAUUUUAAUUAAUAUUUGUACAAUAAACUGUUUUAUUUCUUAGGUAGCAAUGGGAUUUUUCUAUUAUAUUAGAAGCGUUGCACUUAUUGAAGAUUUGAACUUAGGUGAAGAAUUAGUUACUAAUGUAAAGGAAUUCUAUACUUUAGCUGACAAAAAGUAUUCUCUGGUAAGUAGUGUUAAACUGAUGAUUGCAUACAGUAGUGCCGAAAUUCUAAACAUGUAGUUAGAUCAAAUACAUUUCAAGAAACCCCAAUAACUAAAUGCAAUCCAUUUUAUGUCCAAAAUUAUGGUUAGCAUAGGUUUUUAUUUCUGUAAUUAAUUAUUCAUUAGAUUUAGUCCAUAGUGAAGCAAUCCUAUGCUUAACUUUUUGAAGAAAUUUGAUCAAAGCUUGACCUUAACAUAGGGUUCGGCACCAUUGGUGGCACAAAUAUGUUUUAAUAUUUAUCCUUAAGUUUACACCUUAUAUUAUUAACACAUUGACGGAUAUUACUGCUAUAGCAGUAAUAUGUGAAAUAUACUACGUUAAUACUGUGGAAGCAGUAAUCUUUUCAAUGGUAUCGAAUCAUAGAAGACAGUGGACUGCCACAUUACGGCAGUUCACACUGAUAAAUACAUUUUGGAUGCAGGUAUAGUACUACAAAUAUAAUUGUAAAAAUUAUAUUACAAGUGUCCAUCAAUGUGUUAGUAUAAUAUGGCUAUGUCUAGAGACAUUAACGGCCAUAGACAGUUUACCGUAUUAUUUGGACUUAAAUAAAACCUAAACUACCAUUAGAAAUCUAGUGGAUGAAAACCACAACAAAUAAAUAAAGCAGGAAAAAAAUUAUGUUUAUGAUCGUCUAUUAAUUCAUCGAAAAAUUGCAACACAUUGAUUUAUAUCUACUUAAAAUAGACACUCAGUUAUAGCUUCAUAAUAUCUUAUGUAGGUGAAUAUAUGUUUUUAAAUAUUUCCUUAAUUAAAAUACUUUAUAUUUUAUUAAUGAUUAUAAAACAUUUUGUUGUAGUUACAGCUGAAAAUGAUAACCAUGGUGAUUGAUAUAAAGUUAUAACUUCUAAUUGUUAUUAUUCUUAAAAUGCAAAUUAAGGUCAUAGAAUUAGAAUAAAUAAUGUAAAAAUGAUAAUUCCUACAUGUUAUUCUAUAUUCUGUAUAUUAUUUAACUGUUUGACCAUAGGUCAGUGGUGCUCAACCCUACAUAUGGGCCUCAAAGGUAUUCUAUGUGAUCCAUUUAUACAUUUUUUAAAACUAAAUGAAAUAUUUAAAAAAAAGUAAAAUUAUUACAAAAUAUUUGUUUUUUUUUCUGUCAAACAUUUUCAAAUGAAAAUUUUACGAUUUAAAAUAGAUAUCACCUGUGUACUUAAAAGAGCAUACUGAUCAAACUAAUGUGUACUCUGUAUCAAUCCGUAAUCUUUUCAUUAGUCAAUAUAAGAUAAGGGAACAAGUCCAAUAUGUACCUACUAUGUAUAAUAAAAUUAUAUAAGUACAUUGUGUUAUAAUUAUAUAUUAAACAAAAUUGGGAUGAUAUACUUAAUUGAGAUUAUUUGUACUUUUAUAUCUGGUGGCAAUGAUAAUCAUUUACCAAAGAAAAAAGGUUGGAUAUCACUACUAUAGACCAUGAUCGUGAAAAAUUAGUUUUAGUACAGGUCUAUGCAAUACAUCUAUAUUUUUAAUAACAAUAUUGAAACUUCUUAUCAAUUGUUGUAUUAAAUAUUAAAUGACGCCAUUUGCCUACUGAAUGAUAUAAUCGGUAAAAAGUUACAAUCCUGUUACAGAUAUUUAUCCACAAAAUAUAAUUUUAUAUGAUAUUUAUUCAACUCAUAUUCCUAAUCCAAGUGAUAACUAAUAUUUUUCAAAAUAUUAUUAUACUUUAUAUACUAUUAUUUUACAUAUUGUUUAAAUGACAAUUUAGUGUGAGUAUUAAUUUUUAAUGAACUAUUUAACAUUUUAAUAUUAACCUAGUGAAUUAUCACUCAUUAUUAUAAAGGUUGCAUUAAAAAAAAACAAUGACAAAUAAUUUUUUUUCAGAAUGCGUACAAUUGUUGGAUUGCGGCAUGCCUAUACAUUUUUACACUUGUCGUAUCUGGACAUCAAUUUUACAUGAACAAUCGCAAUACAAUGAGUUUGUAAAAUGUUACUAACAUACAUUAUACAAAUACAUAACCUUUUUAUUAUCAUAUAAUAUACUAUAUUGUAGGAUAUACAUUUUUUUCUUUUUCCUUGUUUUUAUUUUUAUUUUCUAUGAUCAUAUAGAUUAUAUUUUAAUUAUUCCAUAUUGUUAACAAAUUUUAACAGUUGUAAGAUAAACUAUUAAAAAUUUCGUAGAUAUUAAGUGUUUGGAAUAUAUAAUGUAUAAAUAAAUUUGGCAUUUAAUACUUUAU